AUGCAUCUUCAUUUUAAUAUCCAAAAGAAGAACUAUAAUGUCAUGUUUAAUGAGUUUGAUGAGGAUAGCCAGUUUUCCGGAUUGAACUCCAUAAGUUAUGACACAUUAUCAUCAGUAACGUCUGCUAAUGAUUUUCAAGAUGGUGUUGUUAAUAUGAAUUACCCAUUCAUAUCUGCAGAUCAUGAGUCGACUGAGGAGAUUGUUUGUGGAGCUCUUCACGGGUUAGUCGACACCCCAACCAACUCCAAGUCUAUAUUUUCCUUGGACAUCAUCCAGGAGAGAUUAGAAGAAUUGCAACUACCAGAAGAACCUCUGGUGAAGAAGCAGAAAUUCACUGUGGGAAAGUGGGAUGAAUCUCUCUGUCUACUUGUUAAUGUUGAUAACAAUAAUAUUCAAUUUGAUGUAUGGGUGAUGCAGGAGUAUGGAGUUAAGGAUUCUUGGUCUAGACAUUUUUCCGUCACCCUAAGAUCGGUGGACGAUUCUCUUUUGAGAACGAUGUGGUCUUUCAGGAAUGGUAAGAUUCUACUUAAGACUAGCAGUGGUUUAGUACUAUAUGACCCGAAGAAUGCAAGUACAAGAGAAACAUAUAUUCGUCAUCAAAUGUUAGGGGGCGAAUUGAAGAUUUAUGUUGAAAGCCUAGUAUCACUCAACUCUGGUACUUAUGUAGGCAGAUAA